AUGCGAUCAAGAAGAAAUAGCUCUGAACCAUCUCCUGAUGUGAUUUUUGAAGCUGGCGAAGACCUCUACACCAAUGCAAGUCUCGCCCUAACAAAAGGUGCAAUAAAGCGAAUUCCCUUAGCCAGGCCGCGUGUCGCUCAAAGUUAUUGUUUUGAGUUCUGUGGGAUUAUAGGAGUCGCAUAUCGAGCUCUCAGAUUUGUCUUGGAUUCAAAACCUUUGAAUGAAGAAACUUAUCCUAGUUAAAAUAAUAGCAUUUUCUCUCAAUUUAUCUAUAAAUAAAUCCCAUUUUAUCCUUAAUUACUAUAUAUCAUUGCUCCAUGCAUCGUAAAAGUCUUUCAUUCUUGUGAUAUAUUACAAUCAGCACAAAACAGCUUACAGCCAGCGUUAUUAGAACUUUUUAACAGUGGUCUUGAAGCAGACAUUAAAAUUGAGACAUCAGAAAACAAGAUUUUUUCAGCCCACAAGUGCAUACUGAUGUGCAGGUCGCCAAAAUUUAGGGCGAUGUUUAAUAGCUCUAUGACAGAAUGUGAAAAUUCUUAUAUCAAGCUACCAGAUACAGACCCGUGCUUAUUUGAUAGGCUGCUUAAGUGGAUUUAUACAGGAAGCACCCUGAUGCCUGAAGAUAUCAAUGAUUUGUGCAGCUUGCUGGUGAUGGCUGAUGAGUAUAUGCUUAAUGAUUUAAAAAUGAGGUGUGAGGAAGACAUAAUUUCGAAGCUUUGUCCAGAAAAUGUGGUACAAAUUAUGGAAAUCGCCCAUAAGUUGCCAUUAGUAUCAGAUAUAUCUUGCCAAAUUAAAAUGAUAUUUAAUAAAAUUUUGAUUAAAUAAUUAUAUUUUUAUUGAUAUAUAAAUAAAGAAAAUAUCAAUAAAUUAUUAAUAAAAAAAUAAAAUAAAUAAUAAAUAUUUUAUUAAAAAGUGACUAAUGAAAAAACAAAAUAAAUUAAUUUAAGAACUAUUGAAAUAUUCAUUUUUAAAAGAUUAUAACUUGAUGAGCGAAUGCAAAGAAGUUUUCGUUAAGGAAUACAACAAAGUCAAAGAAUGCCAGCCUGACAUGGAAAAAAUCAUUGCAUCAGUCCCUGGGCUGAUGACUGAGAUUUUUUCUCACUUUCAUAAAAGCUCAAACAAGCACAAAGCAAGAAGAGUUACAUUUAGAAUUGAAGACGCUGGAGACCCGCUAGAAGACGUUUCUACUGUAUAUUCUGGGUACUCGUCGACAGGAUCUUAUGCAUAA